AUGAUUUGCAAGCGGUUGUGGAACUGGAUCAUUACGAUUGCAUUUUUGGAUACGACUACUGGGUGCAGUAGGUUUUUCACUUUUUGCAAAUAUUACGAUGUGACCAAAACUGUCAAUUGCUCAAAUAUUAAUAUAGGAACGUUGCAAGCUCAAGGUCCCUCAGUGGAUUCGCUGAAAGUUCAACGUCUUCAUCUUAAGAACGCCGGUCUCACAUUGUUGGAAGCCGAUGUGUUCAACUCACUGCCAAAACUGUGGUACCUCGACAUAAGUUACAAUAUUCUCGAGAAUUUGGAUUACCGGUUAUUCAGUAAACUGACCAGACUGUUGCAUCUCGACCUCACAAACAACAGGUUGACUUCCUUACAUGACGAACGACUUUUUAAAGCUCAAGGAAGGCUCUCGUCUCUUUUGUUAGGAAACAACAAACUACAAGUUCUUGAUUUGGUAGUAAUAAGCCCACUGAAGUCCAUACGUAUAUUAAAGUUGACCGGUAACCCAUUUCUCUGUAACUGCGAAUUCCACCAAUUAGUGCUCUGGUGGACAGAAAGAGAUCUUGACAUAGAUGCAACAUGUAAACACCCAAAUACAUCCAAUGCUGCCUCAUGGUCAAGGAUAAACUCAUCUGAGAUUUGUAACAGAACGCAUACAACAAGCAUGGCGACAACAAACGAAAUGGAAGACAAUUAUAUGACAACUAUUGAAGUGAGUGGUGAAUUAUCAGUAACAGACCGAAAUGUAGGAUCAUCAACAACCGGAAGAAUCGCCGAAGUGUCGAUAACAGAAGAGAAUAGAGAAGUAGCAGCCCCAAAAACAAAAGGAAAUGAAGACUCAAGAACAGAAGGUUAUGGUGAAGUAUCACUAAGUAAAGGAAUCGGCGAAGUUUCGACACAAGUAUCGAUAUCAGAAGAGGAUGUCGAAGUGCCAACAACGAAACUAAAUGGCGAAGAUUCUUCAAGUCCAGCUAUCACUUCCGUUACAGUCCUCAUUGUGUGUGCGUGUGUGGCAAUUCUUCUUGGUAUCUGCUUGGCUACGUCAUUUUAUUAUUGGAGAAAACUGAAAACUGUAGGUUGCAGUGAAAAUGUACAUUCAGUAAAUUUCCACGGGAGAUCAAGCGAAAACAAUGAAAGGGACAAUACUUUUGCCGAGAGUAUGAACCCUCUUACUUGGCAACCAGGUCACUUGUUGCAAGAGGGACCUAGUAUUAGCAUAGAAAUGGGACUACUACAAUGUGAUACUUCAGAAAUAGGCAGAGAGGAGGCAAGAUUAUGAAGAAAACAAAAAAAAUUCUGAGGCUUAUUAGAAAUAGUUAUGUUGCAGUUCUAGGGCUGUAACAAUGACAGAGAUGCAAGCUGGUUUCAGAAGGCUACAUACAUGUAUAUGUCAGUGCUUUAUUUAAUAUUUCUGUAAUCUGGAAAAAAUUAAUAUUAGUACUGAAAUGAGAACAAAACUUUGGCUUGUAUAUUUUCUUUGACCUAAAAAUAUACCCGUAUGUAGUGUAACACGUAUGAAUUGAGAGCAUAUAACACUUGAAAAUACAAUCCGACAUUUGCAACAGAAAUAUGGGUGGAUUUAUUUAAUAUAAAGUAUCAAUUCCGUGUUUAUUUGUU